AUGGCUACCGAGGAAGGUGUUCCUUCGGCACAUGACUACGCUUCUGCUUUUGUGGAACAGUACUAUCAUAUUAUUGGACAAUUACCUCAAGAAGCUUUUAGGUUUUAUGUUGAUGCUAGUGUUGUUAGCAGACCACGACCUGAUGGUACUAUGAUGUCUUUUACAUCUGUUGAGGCUAUAAACAAGGAGUUCCUUUCCUAUGACUACGAGAAUACGACAUAUGAGGUGCUGAGUGUCGAUUCUCAUAAUUCCGUGGAAAACGGGAUAUUUAUCAUGGUUAUUGGUUUCUUGACUGGAAAAGACAACCUUGAGAGGACCUUCUCACAAAUGUUCUAUCUGGCACGUCAAGACAGUGCCUACGUUGUCCUCAAUGACAUCUUUCGUUUUGUUGAUAAUAAGGCUUCCGCUCCAAUUACUCUGCCAGUUGCUGAAUCUGUGCCAGCAACUGAGAUGGCGAAGCCAGCUGGAGGUCUAAACAAGACCGAGCCGAUUCACAAAACCGAUGUUAAUGCUGUGGAGAAGACCGUUAAUGCUGCUGAAGCUAAGAACGUUGUUGCUGGACCAUUGGAUAAUGGAAAUAUCAAGCAAUCUGAUGAAAAAGUUGUUACUGCUGAAAACCCAAAAGAGCCAGUUGUUGAUGGAGCCAAGAGAUCUUUUGCUGAUAUAGUUCAAUCGAUGGCAAAAAGCGCUGCUCCGUUUCAAGUUAAACCCCAAGUUAAAUCACCGGCUGUUAAUAAACCUAAGCCCCGUGCUGCUGCAGCACUUAGAGCACCUAACUCUGAAAAGAAAAAUGUUCACAAGAUAAUCGAUGAACCAGGCACUUCAAUAUUCGUGUCAAAUCUGCCAAUGACUGCAAUGCCGCCUCAACUCCAUGAACUGUUCAAGGAUUUCGGUCCUAUCAAAGAAAACGGGAUUCAAAUCCGAAGCUCCAGGGCUAGUGGAAUUUGCUUUGGUUUUGUUGCCUUUGAAUCUACGACCUCGGUCCAGAGCGUGCUUCAGGCAGCCAAGAAGAAUCCUUUCAUGCUUGCAGACCUUGACUAUGAUGGAAGCAAACCUUCUGGAAAAACCGGAGGUGGAAGCAAGACCCAGAAUGGCCCUACAGAUGGAAGCAAGACCCAGAAUGGCCCUGCAGAUGGAAGCAAGACCGAGAAUGGCUCUGAAGAUGGAAGCAAGGCCGAGAAUGUCUCUGAAGAUGGAAGUAAGGCCGAGAAUGGCUCUGCAGAUGGCGGAGAUGGUUUUGUGCUUGCAGAGCGUAAGCGUCGUAACAGAAACCGUAAGAACGGUGGCAGAACCGAAAGAAGCAAUGGGAAUGGAGACAACAAUUACAAGAGAAGCAGUGAAGGAAGAGCAGCAGUUUGA